AUGGCGUCAUUGUUCAGUACUUUGUGGUCAACUAGGACACUUUAUCACCUAUUGAUUAGAGGGUGGUGGAAGCUCAGCUAUGUCACCGUUUUCCUCCGCCAACUUGUCAAGGCUGCUCAACGCAACAGGGGGUGGUCAGGCUCUGUUGGGCAGUUUAACUUGCUGCAGUUCUGCUCGCGUGACACGACCAAGCUAAGCAGCAGAGUGGCCAAGAUGUUGGGGCUCGAGGAUUGGUGGAACAAAUGGCGCUAUUGUGAGACCCUGGUGAUUUCCGAGGAUGUCAAGGAGUUGGUGUUCAAACUUGUAUGGCAAAUACUAAAGGUGAUCCAGGAUCCAUUGACAAGAUAUGAGUCUCAGUCCUCACCCCACAAGAAGGGCGUGGAGGAGGCCAUAGCAGAGAUGCCAUACGAACGCCAGGGUCUAGGCUUUGGUCCUGAGUCAUAUGAAGAUACUGCCCGGAGGCAUAUGGAAUUAGCCGAAGGUCUGGGCUUCGGAGCUGAACUCCAAGAGGUGAUCCUUACCUGGCACGUCUUUACGGAUUUUUUCCUCUUGUUCGUCCGCACCCCCGAGGACAAGGAUGCACCAGCAUCUACAUAUCUGAAGGCGAUCAAUGCGCUGGCAAAUUACAUGGUUUUCCUCAUCGCUGUACGGCCCGACACGAUAUCUGGUCUGGAGCUACGCAGCAUGUACGAAGCAACUCGUGACGCUUUGGAUGAAUUGUGGAUUGUGGCGUCUGGCAUGCAUGAAUAUCCUUCAGAGCCCAGAUUUACAACAGAGCAGGUGAUUCCCUACAUCCUGCAAAGCGGUGGGGGCAAGAAUAUGUCCGGCAAGUCAAGCAUUAUUCUUCCGCGUACGGAAUUCUACGCCCGCCUGCUGCUAGAACUGGUAGACAUAAGCAAGCCUGACAAGUCUGACAUCAUAUCCUGUUAUGAACGUCAUGAUGGUGCUGCCAUGGAGAAACUGAAGCUUCUGAUGCCAGACCUGGAAUACUGGUGCAGAAAUAUUGGUGUGUUCGAUAUGCCCAGAGCGUUGGCGCUCAUCUUGGAUACGUGGGUGCGUCUGCUCAUCUUCGUGUCUGUCCGAUGCAGCAGAGACGCCCAUGCCAAACAGAUCAGCUGUGGCGGCGAGCUCACGACCGUCGUUUGGCUCAUGGAAGAACAUGCUGCCAUCUUUCGGGAACCACCUGCAGAAGAUUAG